UGCAGCGUAAUGAGGCUAUCGUGGGAACUGCUGGCAAACAAGGGCGCGGACCGUCCCUUGUUUGCACCUCACACACUCUGGUACGCGUGCGCAUGCGCGCCCGCAAUUCCCAGGAAGAUUCUAUCGCGUACCCCAUUGCACGCCUGCAAGGGUUAAGCCCACCAAGUCCACCUCCCAGUCCUAGAAAGACCAGAAAAAAAAAGGUGAGAAAGGAUGUAUUGUAAAAUGAUUAGAGAAGCCACUUCCCUUCCUUACAACUGGUGGGAAAGCCGCUUUUGAAUCCCUCUCUUGGCCCCAGGUCAGAGGGAAAUUGGCUCGCCGUGCGAAAGCCCUGCAGGGAGAGAGAAAGCCUGCCCUGACAUUUGGAAACAAGACACGCCGACAGAUCUAAAGGGAACAAUCCAUAAAAUAGAAGUCUCCUUAGCUCCUCACAUUUCAAUUGCGGGAUGGAUAACUUGAGCGUGGAGGUGGAGGUGAACAUGUCUGUAGAGGAGGGGGCAGCAAUAGUCCCGCGGAUGGUGAAGGAGGAAGAGAAUCCUGAUACUUUCAAGCUCUGGGCGGAAAUGGAGGGCGGAAAAACCACAGAGAUUCUACGCGGUGGGAAUAUCGGAGAGUCGGAGACCACAACGGCUUUGCACAAUAUAAAGAAGGAACCGGAGGAUGGGAUUCAACAGCAUUGGGAGACCCAGUGGCAAGAGUUCCUGGGGACCCUACAGGCACCUCAGUCGGGAUGGGCAAACCCCCAGGAUUCUGAGGAAGCUGAACCAUGGGAAGAUGCUAAGGUUUUUCUGACCUCCUUCGAGCAAGUUGCAUCUGUAUGCCGAUGGCCUCGUGACCAGUGGGUGGCCCUCCUCCUACCAGCCCUCAGUGGCGAGGCUGAGCAAGCGUUCGGCAGCCUCAGUGCCCGAGAGAGGGGAGACUAUGGGAAGGUCAAGGCGGCCAUCUUGCAAAGAGAGGCAAUCGUAAGGGAGAGGAAGCGCCAACAAUUCAGACAAGUCUGCUACCAGGAAGGGGAGGGGCCGAGAGCAGUUUAUGGGAGGCUCCAGCAACUCUGUCGUCAGUGGUUGAAAGCGGAAAGACACACAAAAGAUGAGAUCUUGGAGCUGCUGGUCCUGGAACAGUUCCUCACCGUUCUCCCGCAGGAAAUGCAGAGCUGGGUCAGGGAACGUGGUCCAGGGACCUGCACCCAAGCAGUGACGCUGGCAGAGGAUUUCCUGCUGAGGCAGAAAGGCAUCAUGAGACCAAAAGAACAGGUCCCUGAAUCUUUGCAGAAAGCAACUGUGAAUUCUGCUGAGGCAAACAGUGUCCCACCACCAGAUCUGUGGAACCUUGACAUUAAACCCAAACAGGAAUGGGAUGGAGAGGAGAAGUUACUAGGUGAUGGACACGUACGGGUGAUCCAAGUUGAUACUAUCCCUCAGGGUCAUUCUGAGCCAAUGACACCAGGUGACUCGUUGAAGAGAGGCAACCCAUUCCAAUACUGUGGGGAAGGAACAAGUCAGGAGGGACCAGAGAAUGAGGACAGGCCAGAACCAGGCAAGAGUGUGGAUGAAGCCAUUGCAAAGGGUGUAUUGGAUCAAGAUGAAUUCAAGAUCUGCCAAAUCAUGCACCUCUGUGACUGUGGCAAAAGCUUUAGAAGGAUCUCGGACCUUAGAAUUCAUGAGAGAACACACACUGAUGAAAAGCCAUUCAAAUGUUCUGAGUGUGGGAAAAGCUUCCGCCAGAAGGGCAAUCUUUCAACACAUGAACGAAUUCACACUGGAGAGAAACCCCAUCAAUGCUCCAUAUGCCAGAAGAGUUUUGCUAGUGGCUCCAACCUUAUUGCACACGUGAAAACCCACACUGAUGAGAAACCGUAUGAAUGUGCAGAAUGUGGGAAGCGGUUCCGUCAGAAGAGAAACCUGACCACACAUGAAAAGAUUCACACUGGUGAGAGACCGUACCAGUGCUCAAUGUGUCAGAAAAGUUUUGCUAGUGUUUCCAGCCUUAUUUCACAUGAGAGAAUUCAUGCAGGAGAGAAACCUUUCAAAUGUGCAAAGUGUGGGAAGAGCUUUCGUCAGAAGGGAAACCUGAGAACACAUGAACGAAUUCACACUGGAGAAAAGCCACAUCAGUGCUCUGUAUGCGAGAAAAGUUUUGCUAGCGGUUCCAACCUCAUUGCACAUGAGAGAAUUCAUGCAGGAGACAAACCCUAUCAGUGCUCCAUAUGUCAGAAAAGAUUUGGUUCAGGCUCCAACCUUAUUGCUCAUCAGAGAAUUCACACUGCAGUGAAAACUUACAAAUGUUGAGAAACGUGGGGAAAGUUUCUACCGGAAAGGAAUUCUUACAGUGCAUGAAAAGAAAUUCACAUUGGAAGAGAAACCUUUAUAGGUGUUUGAAAUGUGGAGAAAAUUUCAGUAGUGCAAUGGAACUCAAAGUCUAUGAAAUGAACCAUACUGGAGAGAAACCAUAUCCAUGCUCCAUGUAUCAAAAAAAAAAUGGUGACUCUGACCUUAUGGUGCAUGAGAAAACCCACAAUUGAGAGAACUCUUUUGUGCGGACUGAUUGUGGAGAAAGUUUGAGUGAUCAUCCAACAUGUAAGGCACACAAGAGAAGAAAAAAAAAUAUAUGACAUAGGAAAGCAACCAUUCAUCUGUGAGAAAGGAACUCGGUUGGACAUCCUUCCCUCUGACACAGGCACCAAGUCGGCGGAUUUUGAGAGUAAACUAAAUUUCCCUCCCCGCUCCACACCACCGUUAGAAAUGUAUCAUCAUCCCAAGUAAAUAACUUGCAAAAAGCCAAAGUUGAUGUUUUCCAGGCAAAAAAUGCAUGUGGAUUUGUGAAGAUUCAGAAAUUUAGAAAAAAAGACUUUGUCCCCCUCCUCCCUCCAAGGCAUGAAAUGAGGGGGGGGGGGGAAUAUGAAAAAUAACUCUUACAAAUAUUUACUCUUCGCAAAUGAAAGGUGAAAUACUUGUUCAUGCAAUUUUUUUUGAAAUUCUUACCACCAGUGCAUAUGGCUUCAGGUUUGUUUGUUUUUAAGAGUUGAAAGGUUAGUAGCAUAGCCAGGGCAUUUAACUGGCUUGUUUAGCAAUUGAUCAUCUUAGGCUUAUUUACCAAUGUUGCUAGACAUGAGAUGUCUUUGGGUUUUUGGCCUAGGCAUGCAAUCUGGGAGGCUGCCAAGCAGUACGGAAGAAUACGUUUUUAGCCUUGGUUGGGUAAUUAGAGGGUGGCACUUACAGCGGAGAAUCUUACAGAGCCCUCAAGAUAAACAGAUCUGUUGUGUGGGUCCUUCCUUUUCUUCCUAGGAGGUCAGAGCAGUAUGCAUUAUGUUCUCCUCCAUUUUAUAUCCACAACAACAACCCUGUGAGGUGAGCUGAGAAAGAAUGGGUAGCUCAAAGUCAUCCAUCAGCCUUCCAUGGCAGAGUGGGGAUUUGAACCUGAGUCUCUAAGUCACUCUAACCACUGCACUACAUAGACCCUGGUGGGCCCUCUUUUCUGUCCAUGUGAUCGUCUGCUUCCAGCUCUGCUUUUCCUGAAAGAGAACCACCCCACUUCCUGCUCUCCAGUCACUUCCUUCUUUUCCAUUAAAUUGCGGAUGCCGAGGGUGGUUCAAAAGCACGCAGGUCAUCCUCCUGGGAGUCACCUUGAAGCAAGUCUGUCUCCCAGGCAAACUUGCCCCGUGAAUGACUGCCAGGGUUAUUGCUGCUGGUGAAGGUGGUUUCCCCAAUACUGAGUAGAAUUUAUUUUGUUUUAAAAUAGCCUUACCCCAACUUUCCAUUAAAAUGUCCAAGACAUUUAAAUACAAUAAACAUACAA